CGGUCUGGAGAGCGAGAUUGGGGAUCCUCGGGGCUCCGGGAGCGGCAAGAGGCGCCUCUGCCUUUCCCUGCCCGCGCCGGGCCGCCAGUGCCCGCUCGUCGUUUGGAUUCCGGAUGGGGAAACAUGAAGGUGAUCACGUGUGAAAUAGUGUGGCAUAACAAGGAGCCGGUUUACAGCUUGGACUUCCAGCAUGGAGCGGACGGGAGGAUCAAUCGCCUGGCCUCGGCAGGGGUGGACACGGCCGUGAGGAUCUGGAAGGUGGAGAAAGGCCCGGAUGGAAAAGCCAUCGUGGAAUUCCUGUCCAACCUGGCGCGCCACACCAAGGCCGUGAACGUCGUGCGCUUCUCCCCCAGCGGGGAGAUCCUGGCCUCAGGAGGGGAUGAUGCUGUCAUUUUGCUGUGGAAGCUGAAUGACAGCAAAGAGUUGGAGCCGUUGGUUUUUCAGGAUGAAGAUGAAGCUCAGCUCAACAAGGAGAACUGGGCAGUCGUUAAAACUUUGAGAGGCCACUUGGAAGAUGUGUAUGAUAUUUGUUGGACCUCAGAUGGAAAUUUCAUGGCUUCUGCUUCUGUGGAUAACACAGCAAUCAUGUGGGAUGUCAGUAAAGGACAGAAAGUUUCAAUAUUUAAUGAGCACAAGAGUUAUGUCCAAGGAGUAACCUGGGAUCCUCUAGGCCAGUAUAUUGCAACCCUGAGCUGUGACAGGGUCCUGCGAGUUUACAGCACCCAGACCAAGCGAGUGGCCUUCAACGUCACCAAGAUGCCAUCGGGGUCAGGAGCUGAAGGAGAGGCGAGGAGCUUUCGGAUGUUUCACGACGACAGCAUGAAGUCGUUUUUCCGCAGGCUCAGCUUCACUCCUGAUGGCUCCUAUCUGCUCACUCCAGCUGGCUGCGUGGAAUCGGGAGAGAACGUUACAAACACCACCUAUGUUUUCUCCAGAAACAAUCUCAAAAGGCCCGUGGGUCACCUGCCCUGUCCUGGCAAGGGAACUCUGGCUGUUCGCUGCUGUCCUGUGUACUUUGAGCUGAGAGGAGCCUCUGCUAAAGAUGAAAUCAGUCCCAAAUCCCCCCCUGGCCUGUUUAACCUCCCCUAUCGACUGGUGUUUGCUGUUGCUUCAGAAGAUUCCGUGCUUUUUUAUGACACUGAGCAGUCCUUCCCCUUUGGUUAUGUCUCCAACAUCCAUUACCACACCCUGAGUGACAUUUCGUGGUCCAGUGAUGGAUCCUUCCUGGCCAUUUCUUCCACGGACGGGUACUGCUCCUUCGUCACCUUCGAGGAGGAUGAGCUGGGAGUGCCCCUGAAGGAAAAGCCCCAGAUCCCUGUCAGGACUCCUGGUGCAGCAGCAGACAAGAAAGCCAAGAAGAGCCAGUCCCACAAAGCGAUUUCCCCAAGCUCCAGGCUGGCAGAGGGGACCCCUCCCAGCAAGGAUCCCCCAGUGCAACCCCGAACCCCCGGCACCGCUGGGAAGGAGCUGCCUUCCACCCCUGCUGCCGUCAGAACCGCUCCAGGCUCAUCCCCUUCCACCCCUGCUGCCGUCAGAACCGCUCCAGGCUCAUCCCCUUCCACCCCUGCUGCCGUCAGAACCGCUCCAGGCUCAUCCCCUUCCACCCCUGCUGCCGUCAGAACCGCUCCAGGCUCAUCCCCUUCCACUCCUGCUGCCGUCAAAACUGCUCCAGGCUCAUCCCCUUCCACCCCUGCUGCAGUCAGAACCGCUCCAGGCUCAUCCCCAGAGGAGAGGAGAAGCAGCCAGAGCAGCAGAGCCCCCCAGCCCAGGAGGGUCACCCUCACCACGCUGCAGUCGUGUUUCAAAACACCCAGGAGAAUAAACUUGAUUUCCUUGAAGCCAGAUACCCUAUCCUCUGCAUUUCCAGACCCAGCUCCCAUCCCUCCUUCCUCAGAGCAGGAACAUGAGAGGCCGUUGUCAUCUGAUGAGAGCCUCCAAGCUCCCCCAGCACCAAAACGUGCCAGGACUGAGGAAUUGUCCCUUCCUGCACCUGCUGGAGACCAAACCAGCUGUGAGUCCAACAAGUAAAGGCUGAGCCAGACCCCUCACAGCCUGGAGUCAAGGCAGCCACAUCUGAGUGCGUUUCUUCUUGAAAAAUUCAACUUCCAAUUCCCAGUUCAAGUUCCCGGUGCAUAUUUGAUGUAGAACUGUGAAGAAACUGCCAGUAGAAGACCCAGGCUUCAGGAAUGUGGUUCUACAGCAGGAAAAAUAGUUGGGAAGUGACUUCAAGGAUAAGGAAAUCAGGGAAAUCUGGGGAUUAAAAAUCCAUCCAGUAAGAUCUGAGUCUCCCUGAGUCCCUAAAUCCAUGUUUAGAAAGCAUAUUAUGUCUUCCAGUAGCUCUCUGGCAAAAAGAAUCGAUUGCAUUCGUAAGAUUUGAUGUGGUUCAAGACCUAAAAAAGGAGGAAAUUGUGUCAUUCCAGCGUUCUGCUGUAUUUCUUGUACAAAACAAUUCUCCCCAGUAGCUGUGGGCUGGAGCUGAUUCUCUCUGAAUGCAGCAGCAAAGCUCAGGACUGGAUGUGGAAGCAGAAGUGGGAAGAGUUAACUGCAAGAAACGAGAAAGCAAAAGGAGGAGAUCCUCUGAAGAGCUGCUGUAAGAAUGAAACAGCAGAAAGUUCUCACUUGUUAAAUUUCUGGACUUAGAAAUGCAGGUGUGAGAUUUUCCUGAGGCAGCAGGAUUUGAGUGUGUACAUUGAAAUUUCCCCUUUCCUUUUCCCCCAGCUUAGCUCCCUUGGCAAAUAAAACACAACCCAGUGGAUGGGAAGCUUCUACACCCAAAAUUUCUUUUUUUAGCAUUUAAUACUUCAUAAAAGCAGAAAUACAAAUGUUCCAGAAGUGGCUCACAAAAGUCUCACAGGGAGGAAAUAUUAACAGACACCUCUGUCAGUCCUUCAUGCAAAUAAACUCUUGCCUCCAAUUAAAUUUCAACAAUUAAUAAGCAAAAAGUUGUAGGAAACUUGAUGAGAUCUUUGUUUUCUCACUGUGAUGAGGAUGGAUCUUCAUUAGACUUAAUUAAAGUUUUCUUCUAGUGAAGAAUUACAAAGAGUUAAUUCUUACAAUUAUCUCUUCGCUUGCUCACAGAUCUUUUGAAAUAUGAUCUUUGUGUCCUAAUUCAGCAUUUUUUUUUUAAUUAGCUAUCCAUUCUCUCCAAAAUAAUUGCAUUUUAUAGUUGACUGAGGAAAAUUAGUCCAUGCCUUGAGAGCGUUUCUCAGUUGGGAGACGCAGAAUGAUCAUCCUGAAAUGCCACAGGCAGCUCCAGCUUCUCCAUGGAUCAUCUCCAGUGCAAACCCUCCCUCAAAAAACCACCUUGCCAUGGUUAAAAUCCCUUUCUCCUCAAAAAAACCCACGUGGACAUCCCGCCCUAAAGUCCAAAUAUUUCUGUGAGCCACUGAACUGGGCAGGCUUUGUUCCACAGAGAUUUUGAGGUAACUGCACCAGGGGUUUCAAACAGAAUUUGCAAAUUUUCGGAUGGGUUUCAACCAGAAAUUGCAAAUUUUUACACGGGUUUCAAGUGGAUUUUGCAAUUUUUUUCAGAUGGGUUUCAAAUAGAAAUUGCAAUAUUUUUAGGUGGGUUUCAAACAGAAAUUGCAAUUUUUCUAGAUGAGUUUCAAGUGGAUUUUUCAGGUGGGUUUCAAACAGAUUUUGCAACUUUUUAGCUGGGUGAGGAUUCAUGAUUUUCUUGUUCCUGAAAAGACUUUUUGCUGUAUAAUAAUGUAUAAGAAUUUUGAGACAGCCAGACCUUGUGCUCCUGUGCUGUUGAAGGUUUAAUUUUUAGCUACCCAGCCAUCAAUGUUAAUUUAUCUUGUCAUAUUUUGACCAGAAAUUUGCUUGAUCCCUGCCCACGGAUUCCAAACAGACUCUGUAUUUUGCCUGCACAUUCCCUGUGUUUAUAUGAACGUUGUUAUCAAAUAAAUAACACAAAGACCAUCAAAUUAAUCAACAAAAACCCCAGACUUCUCGGGGAACUCUGGGUGUUUUUUGCUCUGACAGCUGCAGGAUCCUGAAGAAGAGGCAGAUGAAUUAUGCGCUAACAAAAAUGUCAGGAAUUAAAUGACGUCAGGGAUGUGAUUCCACCACUUCCCUGAGCACCUUUCCUUUUCCAGGAAGAAAUUUUUCCUGAUACCCAAUCUAAACUGGCCACAGCCCUCGAGUGCCCAGCGCAGGGACAAUUUUUGGCAGUCCCAAAUCUCUCAGCGCUCCCUGUGAGAAAUGGAAAUCGUGGAUGUCGGCCAGGUUUGGGAUGUUCCUGCCCUGUGGCAGCUCCUGAUUUCCUCUGGCCUCAUGGAAGGUGGGAGAUUGUUGAAAAGGAGGAGGGGUGUCCAUGGAAAUGGAGGCGGCUGGGAGAGGAAAAGGGACAGGAAUGGAUUAAUUGGAGCUGAGAUGUGGAGAGAGGCUGGAGAAAGAGACAAAAUGGUGUUUGAGGAAAAUACGUGGAUGGGAGGGAAGCUGGGAGAGAGUUUGGGAAUUCCUGUGCAGGACCCUCAGCCCAAUCAGGAUCCCUCUUGUCCAAGAACACUUCGUUGUCCAG